UGAAACCUCCUUUUAUCAGCACACGACAUCCAUCAAUUGUUAUGACAAGCAUCAAUCAAACAUGUCGACUCUCAAGGAAAUUCUCGCACUCGAGCAAGUGCAGCCGAACCGCUUCAAGGGCAAAUUUAAUCCACCGCGAAUGGGCAAUGUUUUGCCCAUUGCUUUUGGAGGAUAUACUAUUGGCGUCGCGACUCAGGCUGCUUGUUACGAUAUUCCUGAGAAUCACAGGCUAUACUCUGUGGAUGGAAACUUUCUGGGUCCGGCAUUGACAGAUCGACCCGUCUUUGUGAACACGAAAACUUAUCGUUCGACAAAGACGUUCACGACUAAGUUGGUCGAAGUACUGCAGAAGCAAGAUGAUGGCAAGGAGAGAGUCUGUCUGGUGGCUUUGGCAGAUUUCCACGUCAUCGAGCCAAAGUCGUUUAUGGUAUACUCUGCACCACCAACCAAGGAAUACAGUUCUGUAGAAGACUCUUGGACACCUGCAGAACGCAAGAAGAUGAUGGUCGAUGAAAAGAUUCUCACACAGGCCGAGGUGGAUAGACACGACAAGCUUUUCCAAUUGAUGGGGACAUUGAUCGAUAUGCGAUUCACCAAGCAAAGCAUCCACGGUCAGACGCUUCAAGGCUUUGCAAAGGGAUUGAAGACUACACAGGAACAUCUGCCUUUGACAGAACGCUCGUCAGCCGACUGGCUCAAAGUACGCGAAAAGGUAGCGACACAUGCCGAAAACGUCACAAGUCUAGCCUUCCUCCUGGAUGCGUCCAUCUCCUUCCAACCACUUGUCCUGCAAAGUAUGCCUUUGACGGAAUCUGGUGCUUGCUCAACUUUGGAGUUUUCCCUCAGAUUCUUGACACCGGAAAUCAACAUCAACGACUUCCACAUCAGAGAGUGGAAGACAUAUGCCGGGGAUGCAGCGAGGACUUUCUCGGAAGCGCGACUCUGGGAUAGCAAGGGCAAAAUGGUUGCAUCAAUGUCUCAGACAUGCAUCUUGAGGCCUCCCAAGAAGGCGACUGCAGCCGAGAAAUCGAAGCUUUAGAUGAGUUUAUAUUCUAUAGGUACGUUCACUGCGAGGGACUGGUAGAUUUUGGAAGAGUACUAGAUGGAUACAAAUCCGAAGACUUUUCUCAACUACGACUGGUGUAUGUUUCAGAUCUGACUGGUCACCUCCUCCCUCGAUAUCAAUACAGUCUGGUGGCUCUAUAAGGAACCGCCGGUGCCCAACACCACUUU